GUCAGUCAGUGUUAAAGGCAACAUUGAUAUAGGCGGCUAGAGCCAGCCAUUGUCCAGUCAAAACUUGGACACCCCAACACACACACGCACACGAUAAAGGACACACGCAGUUCCAACAAUGAGGCUACGGCUUUCAGCGGCAACAAAUCAAAGCCUUGCAACAACACCACAUGGUGUUGCUGUUGUUGUUAUCCAGAUUUUGGUAAUUUGCCUCUUGGCCCAGCCAUCGCUGGGACGAACAGCUGCCACGCGACAAAAGGCUUUGGAACAAAUAUUGGAUAGUGGAAAAAGUCGCCAGAGUUCCGGUAGCGCGGAUGAUGGCGACCAGGGUUGUGACGACGCAGAUGGCAUCUAUCAUCGACCGCAUUUCACCAAAGGACGCUCGGUGAUGGUGCAAUUGUUUGAAUGGAAAUUCGUGGAUGUGGCCGAGGAGUGUCGGCGAUUUUUGGGUCCGCGGGGCUAUGGUGGGGUACAACUGUCACCCGUCCUGGAACAUACGGUAAUUAAAACGGAUGGCCUUAAUCAUCCAUGGUGGCAACGUUACGAAACCAUCUCCUAUCGUCUAAGCUCCCGCUCCGGCGAUGAAACAGAUUUCUAUUCCAUGAGCCGCAUUUGCAAUGAUUUGGGUGUGCGCCUCUAUGUCGAUGUGGUGCUAAAUCACAUGGCAGCUCCUUUGUAUUUGCUGCUCAACAACAACAACAGGACAACAAAAGGAGCUACAGCCCCAAAGCAGGACUUCAUUGUCAACACAUUGCUGGCAACGGAUGUCAACAUCUCCCAAUCUUCAUAUCCCGAAGUGCCCUAUGAGGCAAAGGAUUUCCAUCGCUACUGCGCCAUAAACCUGGCCAGCUCCAAUGCCCAAGAAAUGCGUAAUUGUCAGCUAAACGGACAUCCCGAUUUGGAUCAUUCCCACAGCUCGGUACGCCAAGCCAUUGUGGCAAUGCUAAAUAAAUUUAUCGAUAUGGGAGUGGCGGGAUUUCGCAUCGAUUCGGCCAAAUACAUUUGGCCAAUUGAUUUAAAGCUAAUUUUCGAAGGACUAAAGGAUUUAAAUACCGAAUAUAAUUUUCCGGAAAAGGCCAGGCCGUUUAUUUUCCAUGAUGUCUUCGAUAUGGGAUUGGAUCAGAUAUCGAAAACUGAAUACUCCACCUACGGGGUGGUAAGCGAAUAUCUAUAUGGCGUCGAAAUAGCCACCAUACUUCAAGGAAAAGCUCCCCUAAGCUCUCUCAUAAAUUGGGGACCGGCAAUGGGAUUUUUACCCCAUCAAGAUUCCCUGGUCUUCAUCGACUCGCCGGAGACCCAAAGAGGACUUCCGCCGCAGCUGGGCAAAAAUCGGGCCCUGACCUAUAAACAACGCCACAAAUAUAUUAUGGCGAAUGCUCUGAUGUUGGCCCAUCCCUAUGGCAGAAUAAAAAGGAUAAUGAGUUCAUAUUAUUUCCGGAAUCCUGAUCAAGGACCUCCGGCGGAUGAGAAGGAUGGAGAUGAAAUACGUUCGCCGGAGUUUAAUGAACAACAGCAAUGUUUGCCCUCUUCUGGUUGGGUUUGUGAACAUCGUUGGCCGCCCAUGCUGCAGCUGGUGAAGCUGGCCAAUUACUUUUCCAAACCGGGCCAGGGGGAGGAUAGUGUUAUACAUUUCCAAACGAAUGGACCAAAUCAGAUAGCCUUCUGUAGGGGUCACAAAGCCUUCGUGGCCAUGAACAAUGAUGCGGAACGUGAUUUCGAAAUGGAGGUCUAUACCUGUCUCGAGGAGGAGGGGGUGUAUUGUGACAUUGUCAGUGGUGGCCUGAAGAAGAAUGGCCAGGGGUGUCGUGGUCGUAGUUUGAUGGUGAAUGCCGAUGGUUAUGCAAAGAUUAAUUUGCCGGUGGCAUCGGAGAGUGAGGGGGAUGGUGGUUUGGAUGAGACGGAGGAUUUCACUUUUGCUCCAAUAGAGGAUGGUGGUCCUGAGAACGUGGAAGAGGCAGGAGGUGGAGAGGAGGUGGUGCCAAGUUAUGGGGUUUUGGUGGUUUAUGUGGGCUCAAGAGUAGGUGCGGAGAUCGAGGAGGAAGAGUGGGAAGUUGAAGUUCAGGAGAUACCAGGUGAUGAAGCGGGUAAUAGUGAUGCUGAAUAUCCGCCAAUUGAGCCAGGUGAUGGAGAUGGGGCCGAGGGGGGAGGAGGAGGUGAAGGGGAUGCGGUAGAGGUAGCCGACAAAGAGCCAUCAAAUGAAAAUGAGGGGGACACGGAAACCGGAGAGGCGCAGCCUGAUCCUGAACCAGAGGAGCCUAACGAGGCUGCCGAAGAAAAUGGGGAAGGAGAAAUCGGAGAAGGAAAUGAAGAAGAUGAGGGAAAGACUGAAGAAGAAACUCCGCCUGAGGAGAAAGGAGAAGACAAUGAGGUCCCCGCAGAAGGAGAUGAAGGGACUGGAAAUGCAGAAAAUGGUGAGAAUUUCACCUUUUCCCCGGUGGAACCCCAGGAAGGAGAGGCCGAGAUUCCAGAGGAAGAGAAGGGAAAGGUAGAUGAAGAGGAAAAUGUGGAAGAAGUUCCCGGGGAAGGUGAAGCGGAUGAGGUAGAAGAAGUCCCUGAAGAAAACCCUGAAGAUGAAGUUCCUCCACAACCGCAGGAAGAAGACGAAAAGGAGGGCGGUGAAGAAGAAAAUGCAGAAGAAGAACCAGAGGGAGAAGAAAAGGUGGAAGAAGAAACCGAUGAAGAAGGGGUAGAAGAAGAAAACCCCGAAGCAGCAGGAGAUGGUGAGGAAAAAGAAACAGGCGAGGCCGAGGAGGAACAACCAAAUCCACCUGAGGAGGUGGAUGGCGAACCCACGGAAGAAGUGGCGCCCAACGAAAAUUCUGAAGAGCCCAACACUGAAGGAGAACCCGUGGAAGUUCCAGAAUCUGAGAAAGAGGGUGAAGGGGAUGAAGAGGGAGCAGAAGAGCCGAAUCCUGAAGGCCCAGAAGCUGAAGGAGAACCCGAAGAUGUUCCAGAAACUGGAAAAGAAGGUGAAGGGAAUGAAGAGGGAGCAGACACGCCUCAGGGAGCUGAGGAUUUAGCACCAGCAGCAGAAGAGCCGAAAGAAAAUCCGGAUGAAGCUCCGGAAGAUGCGCCCGAAAAUACAGGAAGAGAUUCCGCAGAGGAAGGUGAAAAUAAUGGGAAGAACGAAGAUAAUCCAGAAGCCGAAGAAGAACCCGAAGCUGAUAACGAUAAUCCUGAAGGAGAUGAAAAUGGGGACAAAGAACCCGAAGGAAACCCUGAAGAAAAACCAGAGCCUGGUGAAGAAACCGAAGCCAACCCCGAGGCUGGUGAAGUAACUGAAGGAGCUCUCGAACCUGAAGAAGGAAUCGUUGAUGAUGGCGAGGAGGAAGAAAAUCCACCUAGAGUUGAACCCAUUGAGACCACCACCAAAUGCCCACCCAAGACGGUGACGGAGCCCGAGGAAAAGCUCAUCGACAAAAUUGACAAAAGAAACGCCCAAAACGGAGAUGAAGAUGAGAACUCAGAUACCGCGCAACUGGAAGAGCCACUGGAAGUUUCAGAAAGUAUCACCGAAUCCCCAGUACCACCACCACCUGAAACCAACACCCAGGCGCCCCAGAUAAAUGCCACCGUGGAAAUCAUCUCCAACAUUGGGGUGACGGAAAUGCAAAUUGCCGCCAACAACUCAAACGCUGCCGUCAAAAAGGACGAUGUCCAGGUGGCUGGAGUUUUCCAGUCGUCAAAAAAUCGCCAGGGCAAUGGAUAGCAAUUAAUGCAACCCCACAUCCUCCUGAUCCACCUACUGGCCGGCAAGGUCUUGCUGCUGGAUUUGAAUCUUAAGAAAAUAUUAACUCACCUCAAGUUAUUUUUUGCACCUUGGAGAAAGAUCGGCUUGCAAAGGCCUUAGACAAGACAGGCUCAGCCCAAGUGGCCACCACCACACCAAGAAAUGCACUCACCCACACAGAGACAUUUACGAAUUCACCUUUAAUAGCACUUCCCUGAAAGCGCCAGCAACAGAAAAAGGACAAUGUUUUACUUAUCGCUUACAAUGUAUGCAUAUGAUGGUGUUGUUGUUGUUGUAGUUGUUCUUGGUCCUUCGGCAAGGACCAAAAUAAAAUGCUCUCAACAUUUUAACAAUAAAAAUCUAACAAUGUUUGGUAAAUUGAAAAUGGAAAUAAAACGAGAGCAGGCACUUACACACACACAUACACAAGGAUGCAAGGACACACAAGGCACACACACACACACAUCCACACUUGCAAUAAUACAUGUAAUAGCAUU